UAUGAAGGGCAAACGCCUGUGUGGCGUUCUUGACCCUCUGCAGACACCGUACCCAGCUUCCUCUGGGGCACGGUUUAAGUGCCCGGAAGCGGAAGUCUCUUCCUCUUCCGCUUUCUUCGCUUCUCGCUUCUUGACGUUCCGGCCGCGCGCCCCGCGCCUUGUCGCUAUGCCUCGCAAAAUUGAGGAAAUCAAGGACUUUCUGCUCACAGCCCGCCGCAAGGAUGCCAAGUCCGUCAAGAUCAAGAAAAAUAAGGAUAAUGUGAAGUUUAAAGUUCGAUGCAGCAGAUACCUUUACACCUUGGUCAUCACAGACAAAGAGAAGGCAGAGAAGCUGAAGCAGUCCCUGCCCCCCGGUUUGGCGGUGAAGGAGCUGAAAUGAACCACGCAUGCUGCUUUGAACUGUAUUAAAAUUUUUAAAAUUCUCAAAA